CUGCGACUGGGGACUUUGUAUCUACUCUAGCUUUGUCCCACUUAAUCUAGCACCCCUAUUUGUCUGGCGACGAAAUGAAUGAAGUUCCUGUUCGCCACAGGAGAACGCAUGCGUCCGGAUCACCACCGGCAGAUGAGCUGAAAACAGCGGCAGCUUCAGCAGGACAGGCAUCAGAAAGUGAAGAAGAUGAUAUUAUAGGUCAGCCUAAUCUGGAAGCAGCUGGGGACCAACUGCCACAGAGUUCCGAUAAAACUACAGAAGUACUUGACAGUGCACUUAAGGAUAUCAAUCCGCGAUGGCGAAACUGGAUAAUUCGAGGCAUCUUCACAUGGGUGAUGAUAUUUGGCUUCGCUUUUAUUAUUUAUCUUGGCCCCCUGGCACUUGUCACUGUUGUUUUUGCUCUACAAAUUAAAUGCUUCCAUGAGAUAAUUACAAUUGGCUGCAUUGUCUAUCGAUCCUACAACUUACCAUGGUUCAGGGUGCUAAGCUGGUACUUCCUAUUUGCAUCUAACUUCUUUUUCUUUGGGGAGAGCAUGAUCGAGUAUUUUGGUCUCCUUUUGUCUCGCACGGAUGUCUUGCGGCCAUUUGCUACCUACCACAGGUUCAUCUCCUUCUCUUUGUAUGUGGCUGGAUUUGUUGGCUUUGUGUUCAGUCUGGUGAAGAAGCAUUACCUCAAGCAGUUUACUUUGUUUGGCUGGACUCAUGUCACCCUCCUGCUUAUUGUAACACAGUCUCAUCUAAUUGUGCAGAAUGUUCUUGAGGGCUUCAUAUGGGUGCUGGUUCCAGUUUCCAUGAUCAUAUGCAAUGACAUCAUGGCAUAUAUGUUUGGCUUCUUCUUUGGUAAAACACCACUCAUCAAACUGUCUCCCAAAAAAACAUGGGAAGGAUUCAUUGGAGGGGCAAUCUCCACCAUUAUAUUUGGCUUAAUUUUGUCUUACGGUUUGGUACAGUAUGACUACUUUGUCUGCCCGGUGCGUUAUGAUGAGGAAAAGGACCAUAUAUCUAUGGAAUGUGAGCGUUCCCCAGCCUUUGUCCUCACAGAGUACAACUGGCCAGAGACUGUCCGAACCAUUUUACUGUUGUUUGGAUUUCCUGGCACUCUGAAAAUGUACCCAUUUGUUCUUCAUUCCAUUUCCAUGUCCAUUUUUGCCUCUGUUAUUGGACCUUUUGGUGGCUUUUUUGCCAGUGGCUUCAAGCGGGCAUUCAAAAUUAAGGACUUUGGAGACACAAUCCCAGGCCAUGGUGGAAUCAUGGAUCGCUUUGAUUGCCAGUUCCUAAUGGCCACCUUUGUGCAUGUUUACCACUCAAGUUUCAUCAGAGUUCCUGACCCUCAGAAGCUGCUGCAGAACAUCCUGACUCUCCAGGCAGAAGACCAGCUAGUUCUUUUCAACCUUCUUCAUGACAGGCUUGUGACCAGAGGCUUGCUGCCCAACUCUACAAGCACAUGAUAAUUCCAGUAUGCCACUCUCCUCCUAUUUACAGCUUUGAUGAACUCUAUCUUUGCACCAACUAGCAGUUUUGCCUGCCUGUCACACUGUUUUACUUAGGAUGCUGUUUGAUCCAUUUCAAAUUUUUUGAUGUUUGCACGUGAGAAGACUAAACAAAGUUCUUGUGUAGCUGAAGAAGACGUGCUGAUAUCAGUAAUAGCUUUUUCAAGAAGCAGCCAGCAGCAAUCAUUUCUUACAGAUAUAAAUAUUUGUUUGAGGCAGAUAUAAUAGCUUCCUUCAGAUAUAAAUAUUUGUUUGAAAAGGUAUUGCAGCUUGCCAUUGGCAGAUGUUGAAGAAUGUGUCUGAGUUCUAACUUAAAGAAUAUUGUUAUCUUUAUGAGUCCAAAGCUCAUGAGCUUAAGAGAAAGGAAAGAGUGUGUGAACAGAGCUUUCAUUUAUAGACACAACUUUAAAUAUGCAUUAUUUUCAUUAUAUGUGAGGAUCUUGAUGUGAUAGUGAACUGAGAUAAUACACUGAUAUCAUUGAGAUAUUUGUAUAUGUAAAUGUGUAGAAACUGUUUUGAAGACUGGAUUGAGAGAGGAAUGAUUUGAUUGACAACCCCAGCAGUUCCCUUUUUUUUUUUUUUUUAAUUUGAACAAUUACAUCGCUCCUUAGGAGCAGUAUGAAACAUUUAGAAAAAAAUUUAAAUUUUAUAUUCUAAAUGUUAAUCUCAUGAUCUGUAAAUUGUCCACUACAAAAUGACACUUUGUGCUAUAAAUCAUCAUUUAUGUUUAUGUGCAUUUCCUUAUUUAUAGUUGAUCAUUAACUGUUCGUGAAUUUUAUCUUCUCAGUGGCUCUUAUGCUGGAACUCAGUCUUAAAAUUACACCUAACUGUGUCAUUUUAGAGCAGUUUCUUUUUUUUGUUUUGAAAUCUGCUCCAGUGGUUUAAAUCUUUCUAGACUGUAGUUAACUCAAAAAUUGUUUUAGUCAAGUGAUCACCUUUCUAAAAGCGUAAUUAUCCUAAAGGUAGACAACAUUCAUCUGUCGAGAUUUUUCCUUGCCCAGCUUCACUCGUUAAAGGUUGAUCCUUUACCUUCCGGAAGAAAAUAAUAGAUUCAAUGCGACAGUGAGGUGAGGAUACUUGUUGGACCAGACAGAAGCAAUUAGCACAAAAUGACCACUAAGCUAGCCGGCAAUGUGUGUGCUCCUCACUUCCCUCCCUCAAAGAGCCCAGCAUCCACUAUGUUUCAUUUGACUGCCCCUUGUACCAUUUUUUUUUUUGUGCGUGUGUGACUGUAUAGAUAUAUAUGAAAUAAGUUUGUUCAAGCAGAGUUCUUAUCUUUUCAGUAAGAAUAUCCUUAGUUAUCCCAAUGAUGGUGAAUCAGUGCAGCCAACAAGUGCACACUUAAACCUGGAGUGCAUAUGCAUGACUUCCUUUUUCUGGAAAGAUAUGAAAUGUUGCAAUUAAUUUGCAUUUUUAAAUUCUAUACUAAUUGCCUCUGUUUUUGCUUACUUAAAACCUUGAGCAAAAUAUUUGUGAAAAGUUGAAUGUACUUGAUAUUGUUUCAAAUAACUAAAGUGGGUCCUCGGUCCUUAUAGCUAUUUGGUGUGUUUCUACUUGUUUUUCAGCAGUCUUGGUAAGAUAUGUUUAAUAUGAAUGUAUUUAUUGGUGCAUAAUGUAUACUUGGAAAAAAAGGAAUUUUUAAAACAGGAUUUUUUUGUGUGUUCGUAUUUCAUUAUGUUGCACAUUGUUGUUCUUCCAUGCACGUUAUGUUAAAAAAAGAAAUGAAGAAUAUGAUGAUGAAUUUUUUUUCUCUCAAUAUUUUAAGAUGAAAUGUUACUAAGUUGGCUGUUGUCUUGCUGUCUUUAAGAUCUGUUUGUGUUAUAAAAAAAAGAAGUUUUAGCCAUAAUUGCAAAGAUUCUUAAUUGACAGACUUGGACUCUAGCUUACAUGUUGCAUAAAAAAACUAGAAGAGAAGGAUCUAAUAACCUAGAAAAAACAUCUUUAGGAAUCCUUGUUGUGAAUAGUAGCAGGGGCAUAUAGUGGUUCUCUUGCUGAUCAUUCUUGGAUCAAAAACUGAUUUAAACUGGCAAGAGUAUAAAAGUAAAAACUUUUUACAAUGUACGUUUUUCUAAAGACACCACAUUUUAAGAACACUUAAAAGCUGAUAGAAUAGAGGGAAAGAAAUAUUGGAAAUGCCCAGUGGCAUAGUUUGCUUGCCAGAAAGUUGUCCUCCAUGUAUGUCCAUGUAAUUACUGAUUCUCGGCGAUGCAACAUUGUCCAGCAAACAUCUGGUCAUUGUUCACCAUCCAUUUAAUUCAGACUAAUGUGUGUGUAAAAGUUGUGAAAGGUGUGUAUGUAGUACAUAUUACAUGUGAUGAGAACAUACAGAGGGUAUUUACCCAGAUUUGGGGAGUUAGCAUCUUACCCUGAAUUUUUCUCGAUCAUUAGGACAAAAUUUUUUUUACAUCACUAGCUCCUUAAUAUAAACAGCUUUUCAUUAUUGACAUUUUUUGAUUGCUUCUUUAACCUAUAAUUUUUGUUUCACAAACUUGAAGGCAUCAAUACUGAAGACAGGAAUGGCAAAUAAAUGGCCAUUAAAAGGGAAGGCGAUCUUAGGACCAGGAAAAUAAAAACAGUAGUGUUAAAGUCCCAGAACAGGUAACUUCUUGGAGAUGCAACAUUGUCCAGCAAAGUGGACCUGAUGCAGCAGGGCUUUUUCUUUGACGGGGUGGGUGAGGAUGGUUUGCUGUAAACUUUGAUCUACUGAUGAAAGAUGUGAGUAUAUUUUUCUUUACAACCAUUACAUACAAACCAAUAUCAGUUAACCAAUAGGCAAACUAAACAUGCACAGAAUAAUUAAAUUAGUUAAUAUGCACUCUCAGAUGCAAAUUGUUUCAUUUGUAUAAAAAAUAACCACUAAUGUGUAAUUGUAUAUUUCUUACAGUCUGGGUAAUUUUGCAUAUUUUUACUGUAUGUAUUUGUGCCAAUUGAUGUGUGUCGUCUGAGUAGAGCCUUUGGGGCAGAGAAUAUAUGUAGAUCUUGACAGAUGUGCAAAGUGCAUUCACAUCGAAUUUGAGAUUUCUAAUGUUGCCUGAUGUUUAGUGUUUUAAUUUUUAGAAGUGUCGUAUACAGCUGCCAAUAUCAUUAGGUUGUGAAGCUGUAUCAUCUGAUAAGACUUAGCAAAAACUUUAAAAUAAAAAAACAAAAUAAAGAAAGUUGGCUUUUUUGUUACGUGAGAAAAAGAUACUUGAUUUCAGUUUUUACAAGAUAUUUGAAAAAUCUAAGAAGAGAACACCUAUUUCAAAGUUUUACGCCUUCAAACAUUGACCUUCUCACCUGUGCACAGAAAGAAAACUUUACGAUGACUAUAGUUUUUCAUCUCACUGGAGAGCCAGAGACUGUGUGAAUCAGGGUUAUUUAUGUACUGCAGGAUGUCAUUCUCUGGACAUUUUUCUAUUCAUGGGGUACUGGUUACCACUUCAAGAGUUAUAAUCUUGAUGCAGGCAAAACCAACCCAUUUAAAAAAAAAAUGCCAAGAGGUGAACACAAUAACUUGUUACUUCUGUCAUUGAUCUUCAAAAGGUUGUUUCUGAGGCAUAAAGACUUCAUCUCAACUUUCAAUUGUGUAUCGCUGUAGUUUUUAAACAUUCACUAUUAAACAGUAACAAGGAAAUGUCUUCACAGAAUUUCUGCGUAUGGAUUUUUUUUGUUAUUGCUUGCAUUAUCUAGUUAAAUAUGUCAUGCUCAUUGGAAGACUUCAGUAUUGUGUCUUUAACCUGUUAAAUUAUUCUUAGCCAUGGUGACUCAAUACUCCAUGGAACAAUUAUAAUCAAACUGUAUAAACGAAAGAUAGCUCCGAGAUUAACAUAUUUCUGUUCACUUUGACUUCUUCCCAUAAGUCCACACACCUUUAAUUUGCUAACACAUUUUACACCCACCCCUUCAUUGGUUAAACAUCACUUCUUACACUCUCAUUUUAAUGGAUAAUAAUUUUAUUAACUGAUGAGUUGUAAAAUGGAAAAAAGUGUUUUAAAAAACCUAUCAUUAUAGAAUGUAUGAUUAAUAAAUUGUUAAACAUGUAAGAAAUCUUAGAAAUUUUAAAAAUCUUUUAUCCAUUCAUCACCACUACUUUUUAUUUUUUCAUUGACUAGAUUUGCCAAAGGAUAUUAAACAUUAUGUGUUGACAGGCACAAAAACUACUAGUUUUGCAUCUAACAUAUCAAGAACAUGCAUGUAAUAAAUUUCAUAGCUUAAAAAAUUAUGUUUAUAUAUUAUCAUGCUUUCUAGGAAUGAUGGCACAUUAAACACCAUUUUACUGUAUAUGAAAAAAAUGAAUCCUACUUUAGAGCAAGACAAAAUUUCAAGCAAAAAUUUUGGAACAGUAUUAUCACAAAUAGACUUUUGAUUUUUGAGAUACUCAUUUGGGUACGGUUUAUUUCCGUUGUUCAGAUGUACAGGGACUUCUUUUAAUUUAUGAUUAUAGCUUUGUUCAGACCACGAACUUGUAUUACUGUACUGCUUCCUGUUAACUACUAAAACGAUCGAGGCUGGUGUAUACAAAGCUUCCGGUUUAGCCACGUUUUGGCUCGCCGAGACUAGCAAGUUGGUCUCGGCAGACAGACAGCAGUCUACUUAGACACUCCGUGAUCAGACUAUACUACCUUUUAAAUUAUUGUUAAAAGGUUACUAUUUGUUAUCAUCAAGUGGUAUAUGUGUGUGCAUGUUCAUGAUUUCUUUAAGCUUUUUUGAGCUUCAGUCUCAUUACAGUCUCUGGAUGUUUGCAAUUCUCAGGUAUAUAUAAGAGAGCGUCGUUUGUUAUGCGAAAAUAUAAAAUUGUUGACACUUUUUUUUUAAAACUUGAUCUUUGUGUUUGCACAUAUUUGAGGUGAAGCAACUUUUAUUUAUUAAUGACUGUUCAUUUUAUGUUUGUACGUUUAUGUUGACUUUUUUCUUUUUGAGGUGUUUUUAGCUGUACAGUUUAAAACAUAAAAUAUGGAUCAAUGUGUUGUUAAUAAAGUGGUUAUUAAAAUC